AUGUCCAAGGUAAUCAUCACGGGAGCAACAGGUAAUGCCGGCUCAGCAGUGUUGACUGCUGCCUUGGCCUCACCAGGUAUUUCCCAAAUCGCAGUUAUAGCUAGAAGACCUCCGUUCGAAGAAUCCUCAAAGAUCAGAUUCAUCCGAUUUCCAUCAGCAGAACAUCCAAAAGGGUUCGACGAGAUGCCGCCGUCGCUGGUGGACGAGUUGAAAAAAGACGGAUAUGAAAGUUGUAUUUGGGCUUUGGGAAUCAGUCAGACCCAAGUUAACAAAGAGGACUAUAUCAAGAUCACACAUGAUUACACUAUCACCGCUGCCAAGGCAUUUUCCAAUCUCGGUACAUCUGAAAAACCCUUCAAAUUCAUCUACAUGUCAGGAGAAGGGGCGAGACAGGACGAAAAAGGAUAUGCCAUCUUCUCUAAAAUCAAGGGACGUACGGAGAAAGAAUUGAACGAGAUGAAGAGCGAUAAGUUGGAUGUAGUAAAUAUAAGACCGGGAGGUAUCAUACCUACACCAGAGCACCGACAACGGAUGAGUUGGUGGAUGGGACAAGGUUUCCGACUGAUGGGCGCGAUACUUGAACCUGUGUGGCCAUCUGGCGUCAUUAGUUCGUCUGAUCUGGGGGUAGCUUGCAUAGGCUUAGCACAAGGUAAAGCUUGGGAUAAGAGAGAUAGGGAAGGUGUUAUUGCCAAUCCUGCGUUGAGACAGAUGGCUCAGGAUUGGGCUGGUGAUUAUACGAUGUAA